AUGGCCAAUCUAAAAAAUAUCCUAAUUCGCUCGUGCGUCGUAGCACUGACGCUGUUGACGGAGGAGGUGACAAAUAAACUGGGGCUCCCACUCAUCCUCUUUUCCAACGCCCAGGGAAUAGCGGCAAAUGAUUGGUUUAAUGACUGGAAGAAUGACAUGCUGGGAGAAUGGGAGAAGGAUUUCCUCAGCGAAAUUGAAAAGGACUGGCCGCGAGGAUGGAAGAAGGAUGUCUUAAACAGCUUUCAUAACAGUUUUCAAAAUAUCUUCCAAAAUAGCUUCCAAAAUAACUUCCAAAAUAACUUCCAAAACAGCUUCCAAAAAAGCUGGUUAGGAGGAAUAAAGAACGACAUGCUAAGCGACUCCAUCAAUGUCAUCCUCGCACAUGCAUCGAAGAAAAACAGACAGAUUAUUAAUGAGCACAUCAACGAAUUGCUAAGUGGAAGAUAUAAUGAAGUGAACCCAAAAAGUCUGUUACAUCGAAUUUCAAAUAUCAUCAAAAAUGGAAAAGCAGAAAGCUUAUGUGACGACAACAAGUCUUUUAUCAUCAUAGGUAUGCCUCAUUUGAUUUUCGGUUCCGAUUUAUUGAAUGAUUUAAAAAUAGAGACAAUUAAUUUUUUAAUCCGAAAUAUAACCAAGAAUUUGGAUAGCUGCAAUUUACAAGUGCAAGGAUCUGACGAGCCGGACAUCACUGACGGGUGCCAAUCGGAGAUGGACAAAGAGAUCAUUUUUGAUAAAGAGAAACCGGAUGGUGUAGUACAUUCCAACGGGUUAUACCUCUCCCCGAGCAAUAAAUUUUUUAGCAGUCUUUUACAGUGCUCCGUUGAUAGCCUAGGCUCAGGGGAGAGAACCAUGAUCUGCGUGCAGGAACAGCUAGCCAAACGGGACUUAAAACUUUCCGAUACUUGUUCUGCUUGCUUUAAACAAUCCGUCGAUUGUGGAAAGUCCAACUGCUGGCUCCCCUGCCUAUUCGGCAAUCCCUGCACGCAGAGAUGCUACAACUGCGCCACGAGCAGCUGCAACCAGGAUCUCAUUCGAUGCAGUGGUUUGCAGAACCUCCCCGGCGCCUGCUCAUGA